AAACUUCCGUGUGGCUCCACACCCUGUUUUCCGGAGAGCCGGUGGAGAUCCAGCCCUUCAACACGCUGCUCUCUUACGUCCCGUCCGUGAGCAGUGAGCUGGCCGCGGCGGAGAUUUCUCCUUCUAGUCGGAUCUUAUCUUUUCUCCAGCUGAGCUCUUUCUAGUCUUUUUUACGCACUUGACACAUACCGGAGUAGUAAAGUCGGCGCGGUUUUGCUCAGUCGCACGCAAAUGUUUUUGUCCUUGCGCUGCGCCUCCGUGGCAAUGGAUUGAUUUCAGUGUUUUUUCUCCGACCUCUGCCUCGACCAAGUUGAGAAAACAGUCUCUCUCUAACCUGCGGCUUUCUCUCUCCAGCUACAUGUUUCAUCCGGCCAGUUUUAAAACUACCUGGCUCCGGAUGUUCCUGCACAUUUUAGGACUUUGAACUUUUUUUUAUCCCUUGUGCAUUUACGGGAGGUGGCCCGGGGAUUGUAAGGAUUUCUUUUUUUAAAAGCUUCCCCGGGGUUCCUGAAGCCUGCAAAGAUUUAUUUGUGAAAAGUGAUGGCCGAGCGGGGAGCUCUGUCGCUCCUCUCUCUCCUCUGUCUCACCUUUCUCUACACGGCGACCACCGCGGCAAAGCAUGUCGACAAAGGUUCAGCAGCGCAGCCCUUCAUCCCCUUCUGGUUCACAGUGGAGCCCCAGGACACGCUGGCCAUCAGGGGCAACGCGGCGGUGCUCAACUGCUCGGCCCACAGCGAUGCAGCCACACCGGCGCGCAUAGAGUGGAAGAAAGACGGCACCUUCAUGAGCCUGGUUUCAGACGAGAGACGACACAUACUUCCCGAUGGCUCGCUCUUCUUCACCCACGUGGUCCACUCGAAGCACAAUAAGCCUGAUGAGGGCACCUAUCAGUGCGUCGCCACCAUCGACAACCUGGGAUCCAUUUCCAGCCGCACGGCGCGCCUCUCUGUAGCAGGGAUGCCCAGGUUUGCCAGCCAGCCAGCGCCGGCCACUGUGCGCCUGGGGGACAGCCAGGUGAUGGCAUGCGAGGUCAACUCGGAUCUGGUACCCUUCACCCGGUGGGAGAAAGACCGUCAGCCGCUGGAGCUGAGCACCAGGUUGGUCCAGCUGCCGAGCGGAGCCCUGGUGAUCAGCAACGCCACGGAGUCAGACGCCGGCCUCUACCGCUGUCUGGUGGAAAACGUGGGGUCGUCCAAGUCCAGCGACGAGGCCCAGCUGCAGAUACUGCCAGAAACUGGAGAAGAGAGGAAGCUGGAGUUUCUGUUGCAGCCUGUGUCUGUGACCAAGGUGGUGGGCGCCAGCGUGCUGCUGCCCUGCGUGGUCACUGGUUACCCUGCGCCACAUGUCCGUUGGAUGUUUGGAGACAAGCUGCUACAAGAAAGUGAGGGUCGUGUGGAGGUUCUGGGAGGAGGCAGUCUCCAGAUCUUCAAUCUCACUGAGGAGGAUGCCGGCGUCUACACCUGCAUGGCGGACAAUUCUAACGCCACCAUUGAAGCCCAAGCGCAACUCACAGUACAAGUUUAUCCCCAGUUUGUCAAGCGGCCAGCCAACAUUUAUGCCCACGAGUCCAUGGACAUCGUCUUUGAGUGUGAGGUUUCAGGGUCACCAGCUCCCACUGUCAAAUGGGUCAAGAAUGGAGACGCUGUUAUCCCUAGUGACUACUUCAAAAUAAUUAAGGAGCACAACCUGCAGGUUCUGGGUCUAGUCAAGUCAGACGAAGGUUUCUACCAGUGCCUUGCUGAAAAUGACGCCGGCAACAUCCAGUCCAGCGCCCAGCUCAUCAUCUUGGAUCACGACGUAGCCCUGCCCUCCUUCCCUCCCCCUUCACUGACUCCUAACACUACUGACCAUGUAACGCCAGGCUCCGGAGGUGUAGCCAGUCCAGCAGGGCCCACCCCCUCCGCCCCCCGAGACGUCGUGGCUUCGCUGGUUUCCACCCGCUUCAUCAAGCUGACCUGGCGCCCACCGGCUGAACCGCACGGAGACGAGUUAACUUACUCCGUUUUCUACAGCCAGGACGGCACUAGCAGGGAGCGAGUAGUGAACACCAGCCGUCCAGGGGAGAUGCAGGUCACCAUCCAGAAUCUCAUGCCAGACACCAAAUAUCGCUUCAGGGUUGUGGCCCACAACAGCAAUGGCCAGGGAGAGAGCUCUGCAGCGCUCAAAGUGGCCACCCAGGCCGAAGUCCAAGUGCCCGGCCCUGCUCCUAACCUGCAGGCAGUGUCGAACACGCCAACCUCUGUCUCUCUGAGCUGGGACAAACCUCUCACUGGCAAUGGAGAGAUCGUUACCUACAAGUUGUACUACACAGACAAAAGCGUUGGCAAUGAACAGGACGUUGACAUAGAUGGUCAGUCCUACACCAUGACUGGGCUGAAGAAGAACACAGAAUACAGUUUCCGUGUGGUGGCCAACAACAAGCACGGGCCAGGCGUCUCCACCGAGGACGUCGUCGUUCGCACCCUGUCUGACGUACCAAGUGCCCCUCCUCAGAACCUCACUCUGGAGGUCCAGAACUCAAAGAGCAUCAUGCUUCGCUGGCAGCCACCUCCUCUCAAUGCCCAGAACGGAGAGAUCACAGGCUACAAGAUCCGAUACCGGAAAGGAUCCAGGAGGAGCGAGGCAGCCGAGACCACCGGAGGCACCCAGCUUAACAAGCUCAUUGAUGGUCUGGAGCGUGGGACAGAGUACUCCUUCCGGGUUUCAGCUAUGACGGUGAACGGCACAGGGCCAGCCACAGAGUGGACCACGGCGGAGACCUUUGAGAGUGACCUGGACGAAUCACGUGUACCAGACCAGCCCAGUUCUCUCCAUGUCCGGCCGCUGAUCAACAGUAUCGUGGUGAGCUGGACGCCGCCAGAGAACCAGGACAUUGUGGUGCGUGGUUACACCAUUGGCUAUGGAAUCGGCAGUCCCCAUGCUCAGACCAUCAAAGUCGACUACAAGCAGCGCUACUACACUAUUGAGAGCCUUGACCCCAGCUCUCACUAUGUGAUCACAUUGAAGGCCUUCAAUAACGUUGGUGAAGGGAUUCCUGUGUAUGAGAGCGCCAUCACCAGACCGCAGUCAGACCCCAUAGACCCCGAUGUUGACCUGUACGAACUCUUCCAUGCUCCAUACACCCCAGUACCAGACCCCACUCCCAUGAUGCCGCCUGUGGGCGUUCAAGCCUCCGUGCUGAGCCACGACACCAUCAAGGUGACCUGGGCUGACAACUCCCUGCCCAAGAAUCAAAAGAUCACAGAUAACCGUUACUACACAGUGCGAUGGAAGACCAACAUCCCCGCCAACACUAAAGUGAAGAUGGCCAACACCACCAGCCUGAACCACAUGGUGACGGGUCUGAAGCCCAACACGCUGUACGAGUUCUCCGUCAUGGUGACGAAAGGCCGCCGCACCAGCACGUGGAGCAUGACGGCACAGGGCACAACAUUUGAGACCAUUCCCAGCUCCUCUCCAAAAGACGUGACUGUGGUGAGCAAAGAGAACAAACCUCGUACCAUAAUUGUCAACUGGCAGCCUCCGUCCGAGGCCAAUGGAAAGAUCACUGGCUACAUUAUUUACUACAGUACAGAUGUAAAUGCUGAGGUCCACGACUGGGUUAUUGAACCGGUGGUAGGCAACCGUCUGACUCACCAGAUCCAGGAGCUGACACUGGACACCACCUACUACUUCAAGAUCCAGGCCCGAAACUCAAAGGGCAUGGGCCCUAUGUCUGAGGCUGUAAAUUUCCGCACUCCAAAGACUGAGUCCUCUGACAAAAUGGCUAAUGACCAAGCCUCAAAUCUUCCACCAAAGCCAGGGCCUUCAGGCAACCAACAUCCACAGGACCCUGGAACUUCAGUUGGUAAAUCAGGGGUGGGAAGCAACAGUGAAAAUCACAUCCUGGUCAUUGUCAUCAUCAUCUCAGUGGGAGCCUUCACCAUCAUAGUGGUGGUGGUGGGGGCCUUCCUGUGCACAAGGCGCACCACGUCCCACCAGAAAAAAAAGCGGGCCGCCUCAAAGUCCUCAAAUGGCUCCCACAAAUACAAGGGAAACUCCAAAGACCUGAAGCCACCUGAUCUUUGGAUUCACCACGAGAGGCUAGAGCUCAAACCCAUGGACAAGUCACCGGAGCCCAACCCUGUCAUGACCGAAACGCCAAUCCCCCGCACCUCGCAGGACAUCACGCCGGCUGACAGUGGCCUGGAGAGCAACCCCCACCUGCAGCAGAGACGCAACUCCUACCGUGGCCACGAAUCAGAGGACAGCAUGUCUACACUAGCAGGGCGACGAGGGAUGAGGCCUAAAAUGAUGAUGCCUUUUGACGCACAGCCGCCUCAGCCUGUGAUUAGUGCUCAUCCCAUCCAUUCCCUUGAUAACCAUCACCACCAUUAUCACAUGGGCAGCCUGGCGUCGCCGACACGAAGCUACCUCUACCACCAGGGCAGUGGGCACUCGCGCCCUCACGCCUGCACCACCCCUAUCUCCCAUCUAGACAGGGUGGACUCUACAGAGUCAGUGAGGAACACCCCCAGUUCGGAGCCUCUCCCUCCAGCCACCGCCUCCUCCCAGGCCUCUUGCCCCUCGGAGAUCUUGGCCGACCCCGAGGGCAGCUACCACGGCUCCACUACCACAGAGGAGGAGCCCAGCUACUCCAGCAACCUGCCCCCGCACCGCUCAGCUCACCCACACGCCCACGCCCACCCGCUCAAGAGCUUUGCUGUACCAGCGAUCCCAGCCACCAGCCAUCCAUCAUAUGAGUCUCCUGCCCUGCCCAGCACUCCCCUGCUCGCUCAGACUGGACCUCCCACUCACCCUCACGUUGUUAAAACAGCCUCAAUUGGAACACUAGGAAGGACACGAACACCAAUGAUAGUCAACGUUCCCAACGCCCCUGAUGUGCCAGAGACCAGCAAGAUGCUGGAAGAUGUAGACAGCGUGCUUGCCUCCCUCCCCCCCUGCCCCUCCCCCGCCUCUCGCAGUAACCCUGUUCCUCUCCCUCAGAGCUACGAGCCCGAUGAGCUGACCGAGGAGAUGGCCCACCUCGAGGGCCUGAUGAAGGACCUGAACGCCAUCACCACAGCGCCAUGAGCAUGCACACACACCCCUGCGCGCGCGCACACACACACACGGACACACUUCCUCUGUCAUCCACACAUACACACAUGAGGACAUACACUCUAAAGUCAAACAAAACACACCCAGACAUAAUCCUUGGGAGCUAAGAGGCUGGUGGACACAAAAAUGGCUUCUUGUGCCCGAGAAAACUCUCACAUCCCCACCCCCUGCAGAGAAAAAAAAAACUCCAGACUGAAACUUAGGAACUUUUUUCGGCUUACCUUGCUCAGUCUCAGGAAGGAGAUUGCCAUGAGAGGGAAGAAAAGUGAGACGCUUCAUCUUUUUAUGAAGAACCAUUCUCAGAGACAAUGAACUUUAAAACAUUGGUCGCUCUCAACCGGAAGAUUGUGAAUUUUUUCCUCAGCAAAAAUAUGUGCGGUAGGUUUUUGUCUCGCUCAAGAUGAGACGACGGUUGAUUCAAUGUCAAGUCAAACGGAUGAAGUCCAAAAAUAUGCUGGUUUUGAUGUUGGUGCUCAUGCAGCGCAGUCUACACACAGUGUUUGUUUGAUUAGUGUUUUCUUUGUGCAUUUUGUAUAUCUAUUGGGCAGUUUCAGUGAAGUGAACAUUGGAUAUCAGCCUCCCUUUACAAGCCUACAUUAUUCAUAAACAUGGUCAUUUUUUGUUUUUACCCCCUUGUGUCAUAUAUUGUGCCAUGACUUUUUAUUAUUUUCUAUGUUAUUGUAUUAUUUUUUUUUACACACAUAUCCUUAUAAACAUGUACAUAUGUUGUUGUUUUUUUUAAACUGCCUCAUUCUUUUAAUGUUUCCCAUUGUUUCAUUAUUAUUAUUUGGGAUGAAAGUGGGAUUACAAAUGAGUCCUGAAGCUCAGUUUUCAUAUCAACAGGAGAGAGAAGCCUGAAGUGUUUCUACAGUACAUUCUUCUCUGGCAUUGUGUUGCCCCCAUUGUACAUUAAAAUAUCUUCUUUUUCAGUCUUUUGUUUGUUGUGGGAGCUCCGUUUUAAAAGCCUUACCAACGUGUUUGUAUGUUGGACUGUCGAGAUGACUCGGCCCUCCACUGAUGUCGCUCGGAGUCACUCGCUGCCAUGGCAGUUUCUGUGUCGUUCUGUGAGACUUGACAGUAUCUCCUCACAGGUCAGGGGUACCUAGGACUCAGGGCGCUGACCCCCACCCCUCGUAAAGACAACAUAAAUAAAAAAAUAAAAAAACUCACAUGGCACCCAGUCAAUCAAUCACCUGCAACAGACAACAGUUAUCUUUUAUACUAGAAGUUCGAUCGAAUGUGUGUGUCGUUUCCAAAAACCAAUAUUUGGUUUCAGACAUCUGUACUGCUGAACCAUGUGUGCAUUUUUCCCCCACAGCAGAGUGUGUUUGCUGAUUUAUUUUUUCCUGCUGUUCUUCAUCAAAUGCCACGCCCUGGUUCUUGAACAAAUCUUAUAAAAUGCAAAGAUGUUGGCCUUUUGAAUGGGACUCCCAGAUUUUUUUUUACAUGGUAGUUUUUGUAUGAAGAAAAAAAGAAGCUUGUUCUAUACACAAAUCAGAUGUAAAAAGGAAAAAAAAAGUUCAUCUAAGAAACUAGUUUUUCAUUACCCUCUUACCCAAAGAAUUUGUCAUUUGCAAUCAUAGUAAUUUGCUCUACUUUUGUGAAUACCAUGUUUCUCAUAAAUGUACAUCGUCAUGAAUGUCAAUAUAACUGUAAGAGAUUUUAACUAUGGAUACAAACAAGGAACAAGUUUUGGGAAAAAAAAAAAAAAAAAGAUUGAAAACAAAGGGGGGAGAAAAAGGACCGGACUCCAUUUGGGAAAUAAUCUAUUGAGUUGUAAACAGUUGAACCUGUAUUGCACUUUUUCACAAUUUUUGAAAAGUACAUUUCUUACAUAUCUUGUGUUUUAAAUAUCAAAAGCUGUUUGUGUAACGUAGUGUCCUAGGUAAGCAGCAGGCAGCUGGUCUUGUUUUUUAUGUUUUUCUUUUUUUGUUUUGUUUUGCUUCAGAGAUGAUAUGAAUUUGAGCAGCAAAGUUGUUUACUUUGCAGCUCAUGAUGAGGAAUUCUGUUGUUGCUUGUUCAUGUACAGAGCUUUCUUUGCUUUCUGUAGAAAAAAAAAUCUGUGGCUUUUUAAAAAAUGUUGAAAAAAAGGUUUGGAAAAAAAGAUGUUUUUUUAUUGGUGCUCCUAUACAUUGUGUAUACAAACUAUUAUGAAUACUAACAAAGUAAAUGUU